UAUUCGAUGGAUUUGGACACUAUACGCUAACAUGCUGCAGUCUUAAAUGAGGCGGUCAUGGAGAAAAACGAUUCUUGUGGAAUAUUUAAAGCCUACACAGUCAUUUUCUUGUUUUCCUUAUAUCCCAUUCUCUGCCAAGGAAGCUGGAUGUGGCUGGGAGUUACAUCCGCGGGUGUUCCGGAGAAAAUUAGUUGCUCGAAUAUUCCUUUAACAAGCAAACAGAAGGAUAUAUGUAAAAGAAAACCUUAUCUGUUAGCGAGCAUCCGAGACGGCGCGCGUCUGGGGAUCGCCGAAUGCCAGACCCAGUUUAAGCACGAAAGGUGGAACUGCUCCACCACCAGAGACUUAUCCGUCUUCGGGUACGAGCGGACCAGCGGGACGAAGGAGACAGCCUUCAUCUACGCAGUGAUGGCGGCCGGGCUGGUGCAUGCCGUGACGCGCUCGUGCAGUGCCGGGAACAUGACGGAGUGCUCGUGCGACGCCAGCCUGCAGGGCAGCGGGUCCUCCAGUGGAGGCUGGCACUGGGGCGGCUGCUCCGACGACAUCCAGUUCGGCACCUGGUUCAGCCGCAAGUUCAUCGACAGUGGAGUCAGGAACAUCUCGGCCAAGGAGGCCGAUGCCCUGGUCAGCAUGAACCAGCACAACAACGAGGCUGGGCGGCAGGCUGUGGCAAAGACAAUGCUGACGGAUUGCCGUUGCCAUGGCGUCUCGGGGUCCUGUGCCGUGAAGACCUGCUGGCGGACCCUGGCCCCCUUCGAGCGGGUGGGCCGCUUCCUGAAGCAGCGGUACGAGGACAGCGUGCACAUGCUGGACCGCAUCAAGGGGAAGGUGCGUCGCAAGGAAAAGGAGCAGCGCCGCAUGCCCGUCACCAAGGACGAGCUCGUCUUUCUCAACAAGUCGCCCAACUACUGUGUGGAGGACCGGCGGCUCGGCGUGGCGGGAACACGGGGCCGGCGCUGUAACCGCACGUCCAGCGGGCCGGACGGCUGCAGCCUUCUGUGCUGUGGGCGGGGCUACAACACGCACGUGGUGCGCAGCGUCGAGCGCUGCGAGUGCAAGUUCGUCUGGUGCUGCUACGUACGCUGUCGCCGAUGCGAGAGCAUGAGCGACAUGCAUACCUGCAAGUAGCACUCGAUUCCUGGACCAGGACCCCCCCCCCCCUUUACGCCCAUUCUCGGACACAGGUGAUCAUUCCCCAAUAAACAGAGACUGCAACUGCGCACUCAGGAAAUGAACAUGUGCAAGCAGUGAUGCUUUGGUGAGAUGGACACACCUGCUCUGCUGCUGUAUGGGAGCUGGAUUGAGUACCAGACGUGCAUUUUAACCCCCCGAGUCCAAGCACUGAACUGGCUCCGUCGACUCAAAUGUGACUGAUUCACUCAACAAACGCCUGUGGCAGUUUGGAUGCAAGAGCAGACCUGACUGGCUAUCAGUCAGGGCUUUGGGGUUUAAACCAUGGAAGGAUUCAGAAGGGAACAUGGACAGGUGCCUGACAGUGAAUUCCUGAAAUUAAGAGAGUGUUAAUAAUAAAUAAUUUACUUUGAAUGACUUUAAACAUUGUGUUUGCAUAUCUUUACAACCCACUGACAUGAUAAAGCCCAAUGUUUUGGUUAAAUUGUUAACAUUUUGUACUAUUUAAUACUACCACUGCAUAACCUUGGUCCUAUUACUGUCCUAAAUCCAAUGUUAUAUUCACGAUUUAAAAUUGAUUUAGCUACACCGAUAAGCCUUAUUUCUAAACGUUUUUUAUGUAAUUUAAUGAAUAAGCAUUAAAAAAAAAUUUUGACUUUACGUAUGCUUUGUAAGACAGUUAUUUUGAAAUGAUUUAAACCCAGACAA